AUGGCUUCCAGCGCUUUGACGAAACCUCAGAUGCGUGGCCUCCUGGCCAGAUGUCUGCGGUUUCCUGUUGUUGGAGCAUUCAUUGUAUCCCUGGGGGUUGCAGCUUUGUAUAAGUUUGGUGUGGCUGAACUAAGAAAGAAGAUAUGUACAGAUUUCUACAGAAAUUAUGAUUCUAUGAAAGAUUUUGAGGAGAUGGGGAAGGCUGGCAUCUUUCAGAGUGCAAAGUGA